AUGAAGAGCAGCGUGGAGGACGAGAGCUUGAAGGGCAAGAUCAGCCAGGAGGACAAGAAGAAGGUGGUGGACAAGUGCGAGGAGACCAUCAGCUGGCUGGAGAACAACCAGCUGGCUGAGAAAGACGAGUACCAACACCAGCAGAAAGAGCUGGAGAAGGUGUGCAACCCCAUCAUCAGCAGGUUGUACCAGGGAGGGAGGCCCACUGGGAGCUGCAGAGAGCAGGCAGGGGCCCACAGCCAGGGGCCCACUGUGGAGGAGGUGGACUGAAGGGCCACUGGAGGUCUCGCCUUUUCUCACCUUGAAGUUUUUCUUCCUGUUUCUAAAUAUAAUUUGCAYCUGAAUGUAUUUUUCAUCUUAAAGGUGAGAAAAACUAUUCCAGAUUGUUUAUUGUUACGAAAUAUGUUUAAACACUAAUUUCAGAUGUUCUCGAGUCUUCAUCAUGAUCACAAUUGAGCUGGAAAAACUUUGAGUUAUGAUCAUUAAAUCUGUAAAUAUUUUACAGUGUAAACAUGUUUUUUCUUUGCUGGACAGUAAAAUAAAAGA